CGCGCGUGUGUCUCUUGACAGGUGGGCGCGCGCAGCCGGUUGAUCGCUCGCUCGCUCGCUCGCGCCGCGGACGGAUGGAGCUGGUGUGACUCCGGAUCUCUUCCGACACUUUGGGACAAAACCGGAGGAAACCCGGGUUUUUAUCUGCGAUGAGAACCGAACAGAGUGAACGUGGGGAGAACUCGACCAACUCGCAGAGCGAAAUGCUGAUCAGCCAGCUGAAGGAGAUCACUGGCAUCCAGGACCCACAGAUUCUCUACAGAGCCUUGAACGCCAGUCAGGGGGAUGUUGGACAUGCUGUGGGACUGUUGACAGCACAACCUGCAGAGGUUCAGGAUCCAGGGGAGCCACAGGAGUCAGAGGCCCCUGGAGAGGCCUGGGAGGGCCAGAAAGGAAUUGGUAAAGAUGAACUACAGGCGGCCAUAGAGCUCAGCCUGCAGGAUUCCCACAAUGCCCAGGAGGAGGAGAGAGAAUUUCACAGGGCUCUGGAGGCCAGUGCAGAGGAGAACGCAGCGAGAAUGAAGAGGAAGCGAUGUGAAGCUCAGGGCGACAUGUGCAGCCCCGCAGACUGGAUCCGUCAGGACGACUGGCCCGUGGGCAUUCGCAACGUAGGAAACACCUGCUGGUUCAGUGCCGUCAUACAGUCUCUGUUCCACCUGCCUGUGUUUCGGAGGUUGGUCCUCAACUACCAUCUGUCUGAGCGACUCCUGGAGAAGUGCAAGAGCCACUCAGACAAGAGGAACAUUGCGUUCAUGCAGGAGCUGCGUUGUCUGUUUGCCCUCAUGCUCGGCUCCACCCGCAGGUUCGUGGAUCCCUCUGCUGCUGUGGAGUUACUGCGAGAUGCCUUCAGGAGCAGUGAGGCCCAACAGGACGUAAGCGAGUUUUCCCACAAACUGCUUGACUGGCUUGAGGACGCAUUUCAGCUGGCUGCCAGUGGAAAUAACGCAGAGGACAAACAAAAGAACCCCAUGGUCCAGCUUUUCUACGGCACCUUUGUAACUGAAAGAAAACAUGAAGGAAAGACGCUAUGCAACACCGAGCAGUUCGGUCAGUACCCCCUUCAGGUCAACGGCUUCAACAACCUGGACGAGUGUCUAGAAGGAGCUAUGGUCGAGAGGGAGAUCGAAUCACUGCAUUCAGAUCACAGCGUUACACCCGGUCGUGAGAGAUGGUUCAAAAAGUUACCACCUGUCUUGACGUUUGAAUUGUCCAGAUUUGAGUUCAACACUCAGCUCGGUCGUCCAGAAAAGAUACACAAGAAACUGGAGUUCCCACAAAUCAUUUACAUGGACAGAUAUCUUCACAGAAACAUAGACCAGACCCAUGAGAGGAGAGGGGAAGUGAAAAAACUCAAGGAGCAACUUGCAAUCCUUCAACAGAAGUUUGAGUGCUACAAAAACUACGGCUCAGGACCCACCAAGUAUCCUCUGGCAGACAUGCUGCAGUUUGUGUUGGAGUUCGCUACAACGAAGCCCACGAGUGUUUCCCCGGCCGAAGACCUGAGACUAGCUGCAUCUUCACCGACUCCGUCAAGUCACCCGCUCAGCGAAACCACAUCCACAGAAAACAGUGAACCAGAAGACACAGAUUCAUCCGAGGGCCUGGUGUCCAGCGUGUCGAGUUGCCAGCGGACCCCCAUAUACAAGCCCUUCACCCAGUGCAGACACCCCGUGGACUGUCCACCGCACCCUGCCCCACACAGCAUCACCGACGAGGAGCUCCACUCUGUUAAAAACUGCCUACAGCGCUGGAGGACGGAAGUAGAGAAUGAUAUAAAUGAGCUAAAGGCCAGCAUUGACAGGCUCAGUCAGAAGCUGGAGGGCAUGUACUCCGACAACUGUCUCUGUCAGGCGCCCUACAGACUCCACGCAGUGCUCGUCCAUGAGGGCCAGGCGUCAGCGGGUCAUUACUGGGCCUACAUCUACGACCACGCCAACCAGCGCUGGAUGAAGUACAACGACAUCUGCAUCACAGAGUCGUCGUGGGAGGAGCUGGAGCGGGACUCGUUCGGGGGCAUGACCAACGCCAGCGCCUACUGCCUGAUGUACAUCGAUGACAGUCUACCGCACCUUAUUACAGAAGACACAGAUGACGAGACAGGCCAGAUGCUGCACGGCAUGGACUCCCUGCCGCCCGUCCUCAGGCGCUACGUCCACGAAGACAACCGCUGGUUCCAGCAGGAGCUCAGCGAAUGGGAGGAGCAGUUCUGCCAGACGGCCGCCCCGCAGGGAGAGACCACCGCUUCGCCCGAGAUCCCAAAUCCUGGUCCAGACAACGUCCAGCCAACUGCUGUUGAGCCAGCACCUCAGUCAGGACCCUCCACCGAGGAGGAGGAGGACCAGGGAGCCGCUGAGGAGCCGGAUCCAGAGGCAGAGAAGGAUCCAGAGGCAGAGAGGGAACCAGAGGCUGAACCCAGGGAGGAGCCUGAAGAAGAAUCAGAGUCAACACUUCCACCACCACCACAGAGCCCUGGCCUCCAGCCCGACGACAGCAGCACAGCAGCCGUCACCGACGCCUCGGGCCCCAGCCAGAGCUCCACUUCAGCUGAGAAGGAGCCGGAGAGUCAGACUCCUGACCCUGAAGCAGAGCUGAGGAACCAGCCAUCACCUGACCUCCAGGUGGAUGAAGACGACGCAGAGGUGGCAGAACUCAGCUCUAGAACUGAAGGUGAGACAGAGGCCUCCAGAGAAGCUCCUGAGCAGGAAGCCGAGCAGCAGAAGGAGGAGGAGGAGGAGCAGGAGCAGCAGGACGUCCCACCGGCGAGGCAGCGACAGACCGAGGACGAGGUGUCAGAGGUGGAGAUCCCCAACGUGGGCAGGAUCAUGGUGAGGGCCGAUGCUGAUGGAUACAAUGAAGAGAUGAUGCUGACUCCAGCUAUGCAAGGCGUCAUUAUGGCCAUAGCCAAGGCCCGACACAUUUUCGACAAGGAAGGCCCCGAGGCUGGCCUCAUCAAGGCCUUCCACGAGGAGUACUGCCGCUUGUAUGAGCUCUCCCAGGAGGACACGACACCCCAAGAGGAUCCUCGUCUGCAGCACGCUCUGGUCUACUUCUUCCAGAACAACGCACCCAAACGCAUCAUCGAGAGGACGCUGCUGGAGCAGUUUACUGACCGCAACCUGAGCUUCGAUGAGAGGGCCAUCAGUAUCAUGAGGGAAGCCCGAGCCAAGCUACGCCUCAUCAAGCCAGAAGACAUGGACAUGGAUGAAUACUUGCAGUGGCACGAUGACUACAGGCUGUUCAGGACAGUGUUUGUGUACCUGCUGAGUGGCCUGGAGCACUACCAGCACGGGAAGAUGCUGGAGGCACUGAACUACCUGGCUCAUGCGUACAAGACCAACUCCACUCUGCUGAAGAACGGAGAGAAACGUGGCGUGGACAAGUCGCUUAUCGCAGUUUACAGGAGGAAAUGCCUCACUGCGUUGAACGAGAGCGCUUCACGACUGUUCUGCAGCGGCGAGGAGAGCAAGGUGGAGGAGGGCGUCACCAUCAUGGACGAGGCUGUGAUCCCCUGCCUUCAGCUGAUGAGCCGGGACUUGGUUUUAUCGCAGGAAGAUCGGGACGCCAUGGAGAGCAUCCGCAGCCACUGGUGCUGCUGCCUGGGCCAGGACAUGGAUGACUCACUGCAGGUGAAGCUGGGUGAGUUGCUUCCCCGGGUCCUGGACGGUGCAGCGGAGACAGUCGUGCUCAAAGACCCUCCCAAAGUGCACGUCAACCAGGCACACGACCUGUGCAGCCGCCUGGCCGCUGUCAUGGAGUCCAUUCACAACACAACGGUAGUCAUAGUUAAGUAAAGUCCCGAGCGAACCCCCCCCCCAACAACCUCCUUUUCAAACGUGCACCCUCACUGCAAGCAACACGGACGGUGGAAUAUUCUGUACUGAGACUGUGGAGUUGAGACAUUUGUGUAUUUCACUUUAUCUGCUGCUUUGGCAUCGCACACAAAAAUAGUUUUGAUAUGUUCACACACCGGGCUGCAAGCAAUCAUUGGGGAUUAGUAGAUAUGGGAGGGGGAAGGGCUGUCAACACAAAAAUGCACGCUCAUAGCAACAGCAUUAAGUCAUGUAAAAAAAUAAAAUCUACCCAAAAUCCUUUGAGAAUGAUCGGUUUGCAUCUGCAGCAUUCAAAUGUGCUCCCCCGCCCCCAGCCGGCCCCGUCUGCUAAAAAAUACUGUGUAACUUAAAUACACACAUUCGGUGCCAUCUCUUUAAAAUCAACGGAGGAGGAGCUAUAAACGUUUUCUUGAAGCUGUAUAGAAAACUCUAAAGAUUUACUCUCUGUAACCAUCUCCAACAAUUAUUCAUGAAAACCAAUCUGCUGAAGUAAAACAACAUUACAUCCGCAGAGCAAUGACGCGUCAAUAUCUGACCCUGACUCGCAAAGUACUUGUACUCGGGAAAGUUUGUAAAUGGACACGUUAUACUGACACUGGCAUAGUUGGACGUUUUCCGGAGUUUACCUUUUAAUUUGAAGAGAGUGUCUGCGUCCGACACGUUCACAACAACAAGAAAAUAUCUGAACAUUCAGGCGAGGAGUAACAUCUGUGUGGAGCAGCAGGGGGCAGGACAUGAUGUGUUUGUGUUUCUGCACAUCGACAUCUGCCCUUUUUGCCAAAAGCUCUCAAAUCUCGUCAUCUUUCAAAGUUGACAUCUUCAUUUUCGUCUUCUAUGUUUACGAAUCCUCUUUUUUCAUCGUCCCAGUUUUGAGUCUGUCUCGUGUUAGAAGCGCCAUCAACACGUCCACUCGCUCGCUGAGUCACAUGGACUCACUUUGACAUUUUACCAGGGGGCCGGCUGACUCAGACAUUUGCCUUCUCACUGGAAAAAUUCAGGAAAUUGCUCAGACUUCAGUGAAAGUCUGAAAGCAGCUUUAGACUGUGACACAACUCUGCUGGGAUUGUUGAUUUGCUGAUUGUGUUGCUAAGCAGUGUGAAUGCACGAUGAAGCCUCUUCACGGGGCUUGAGGGAAAAAAAAACCCCACUUGAUUUGUACUUCACAAUGACAGAAUUCUGUUUGUUAGCUUUUUUUAAAUAUAUAUUUUAUAUUACUUUGUAUUUUUCCAAAACAGACUCUAGAAAAUGUCACGAGUUAAAGAAAUUCAGAAUCGUAUUCACAGAAUGCAUAAAAAACAAUUAAUGUACGACUUUAAAAAAAGGGGCUGCCUCGGAACACUCAGUGUAUCUGUGAACUGUAAUGUAAAGCGGCAGCUCUUGUUUGUAUGACAGCACCUUGCAUAUACAGAUGUGCCUUCUUUGAAUGGUUCCACAUGAGUCGACAGGAGAUGAAGAGAUGUUUUUUUCUGGUUUCGUGACUUGACGAAUCCUCCGAGUAAGAAUUGUCAGGCCAGCGACCUGGAGCUCCUGUAACAGCUGCUGAAUCCACACUGCCUUUUCACUUGAUGUCUGUGAUGAUUCUCAAUAAAUGUUUUAAAUACGCUGUUUA